AUGGCGGAACGACUGUCACGACCAUAUGAGACCAAGCUGGCCAUCGUCACUGGCGGCUCGCGGGGAAUCGGAGAAGCUGUAGCAAGACGACUAGCCGCCAAGGGAGCCAACCUUCUCAUCGCAUACACCUCCGAGUCCUCCAAGGCGCGCACCGAAACCCUUGUCACGGAGCUCUCGACGUCGCACAAGGUUAGAUGUGCCUCGGUCCAAGCCGACCUCUCCAAUCCGUCCGUGGCCGCACCGCAAAUCAUAACCGCCGCGCGAGAGCUCUUUGCAACCUACAGUCGGACGGGCGGGUUCCAGAUUGACAUGUUGAUCAACAACGCCGGCGUGGCAUCCAACCAGCACCUCAACGACCCGGCGCUGGGCCCCAUCACGACCGACGAGUUCAGCCGCGUGUACACGGUCAACGUCCUUGCGCCUCUGCUCCUCACGCAAGCCGCGGCGCCCUACCUCCCCACCAACCGCUCGGGGCGAAUCGUCAACGUCUCGAGCGUCAGCUCGUCCAUCGGAUACCAGGGCCAGUCGGUGUACGCGGGGAGCAAGGCGGCCGUGGAGGCAAUGACACGCACGUGGAGCAGGGAGCUGGCUGAGAAGGCCACGGUAAACGCGGUGAACCCCGGCCCGGCAUGGGGGGACAUGUACGCGCAGGCGGGUGAGGAGUUUUGGAACAUCAACCAGCCUUACGUGGAUGCGGCGCCCCUGGCGGCGUAUAACGGGGACAAGGCCGUGUUGGACCUGGUUGGCGAGGAUGCAGAGAGGUUCGACAAGACGGUGCGGGAGGGCAUGGCGGGGAGGAGGCCCGGCCUUACGGGGGAGAUUGCUGGGACGAUUGACAUGUUGUGUUCGGAGGAGGCGGGUUGGACUACCGGAAGUGUGGUUUGUGCGAAUGGCGGCAUGAAGAUGUCCAUUGCAUGA